AUGGCGGAGAGUGGAACAGAUGGGGACAGAAGAAGCGAGGAUGAAGGGCGAAGAGGUGGCAGACCUCUCCAGGAGGCCCACAGCCCCGCUCUUGGCCGCUCCCCAGUCGCUGGGACCAAGAGGCAUCUCCCCCGAGGGAUUGUGAUCCAGCUGACUGGGACGGAGGGAGAAUGGGACAGUCUGGAUGACAGUGAGCUCAUCUUCUCCCUUGACCACGAUGACGACUACCCCUCCAUCUCUCUGUCCAGGGAGAGGCAGGCUCCGGUUGAGGACGACAGACAGUUGCAUUCCCAAGCUUUCCACGUUCCUCUUUCCCCUUCAGACCCCGGCUCUCUGGGCAACUGCUCCGCCACUGGCCCCAGCUUCCUCUCCCCAUGUCCUUCGUCACCCACCCGACGACCCCUUGCAAGCUUGGUCAAAUCUCUCUCCACAGAGCUGGAGCUCAAAGAAGGCUCCACUCUCAGACCUAAGCCCAUUAUGAGCCUUGUGAAGUCGAUCUCGACGGAGAUCUCCCGUUCGGAGCCGGAGGUGUCGCAGUCGAAGUCGGACUCCCGCCUCAACCUCCACAUGUGGAAGCAGCUCACCCAGCCAAUGACCCGCAGCAGUGGGGACUCUCGCACUGCACCCCCAUCUCCUAGCUCACACUCCCCUGGCGGAGAGGGUCUGAGAGGGGGCUUCUUCAAAAUGGAGUUGGAGGACACCAAGAGGAAGCUCUCAGAGGCCGUGCACGAGCCUUUGAGCAACAUGUUCAGUAAGAUUAUGAGAGAGGAGGGUGCCGGCAGCCCCAGAUACCAGUGUAGAAGCCACCAGGUCAGCUCCAGAGGUUUGGGGCGUGAAGGUAGCACGGACACAGUUCUCUCUGAGUCUCCUGUGAGGAACACUAGAAAAGCCGAGGCUGAGGCGUUGCCUGUGUUUGACUGGCCUUCUGUUAGACAUCCCGGGAGAGGCCAGCGCGGCCCCUGUCCUGUGCAUCACAACAGACAACAUCACAGGGAUGAGGAGCUGGAAAUAUGUACAGACGGCGACGUGAUGCAGGUAUUGGCCGUGGAGACUCACGGGCAGGGGAGGAGAUCGCCUACCACGGCAGCACCCCUGGUUAGGACUUCUGACCUUUCUCAAGCCCCUCAUCCUCUGCCACGCAUGAGUUUAUUCUGUGUGGCAGUGAUGUCCUACGGCUAUUUCAUCCUACCUCUCAGUCCAUACUUCUCUGGCCUGGCUCUGGGAUUAGCACUGGGUUUUUUACUGGGACUGCUGCUCAUCAGGAUGGGCUCCCCCAGAUCUCGCUGCUCAGCUCCUCCACACAGACCAGCACAGACUCUGCUUGGAGAGGGGAUUCUGUCAGGUGGGACUGUCAGCACUGAGCCUGACAGCCUGAAGGGAUGGAUGAAUGAGAUACAGGAUUACGACCCAGAAACGUACCAUCCAGCUCUGACUCACUCCGUGUUUGCCGCCCUGGAGGGCUCUUGUCUCCGUAUGGACUCCCCGCGUAACAACAUCAGCCGCAGGGCCACGUACGAUGAGAGAGUCCACGAGGCCGCCUUCGUCAAGUCACGCUCCUUUCAGCUUGCAAAGAGCAAAGUAUUCCUGCAGCCAUCUGGGUUGGCUCGAAAGAGGAUGUGGAAUCCAAAGUAUCCCAUCUGCAUCCAACUGGCUGGGGGAUCGCACUCCCAGGAGGAGGAAGGAGGAAGGUCGGAAGAGAGUCGGGGUGAAGAUCUGGGAGCUGAAACGGCCAGUCCACAACAGAGUUCCUCCAAACACGUCUGUGACCUUCCCACCACUCUUUACCUCUUCGGACGCACAGGAAGAGAGAAAGAAGAGUGGUUCCGUCACUUCCUGUUUGCAUCCAUGGAUACAGAGGGGGAAAAGGAGAGGGACAGACAGAGGCCUGGCAGAUGUGUUUCCAGAUCGGGUGACCCAGCAGUGGCACAGAGCGUUGCUGCCCAAAGCAACGUCCCAAGCAGCAGAGGCUCCAGCAGAGUGGGCAGCAGUGACGACGAAGCCCUCUUCGCGUCUCCAGUCCCAAGCGUCCCUGCAGCUCCUCUCAGUCAGACCUCCGGUAGCACCAGGGGCCUCUCCCUGCUGGACUACCCCAGCUACAUGGCUCGUCUCCUGGCCACAGAGGAGAUGACCCCCCUCUCUAGUCCUGGAGCUAGCAGCACAGAGACAAGUCCCACUAUCAAAGGAAAUUGUACCUGUGAUCUAGCUGAGCAGCCUGGGACGGGCCAGACUGCGUGGGCUAACGCUCUAAUUGGUCGAAUCUUCUGGGACUUCCUGCGGGAGAAGCACUGGGCUGACGUGGUUUCCCACAAGAUCCAGAAGAAGCUGAGCAAAAUCAGACUGCCUUAUUUUAUGAAUGAGCUGACUCUGACUGAGUUGGAUAUGGGCUCCUCUACGCCACAAAUCGUGACGACCUCCAGUCCAGAGGUCAACCACAGAGGCCUGUGGGUGGAGCUGCAGCUGGUCUACACCGGUGCCCUGCAGAUGACCCUGCAGACCAAAUUCAACCUGUCCAAGCUGGGUAAAGAGGGCGGUCAGGAUGCACACUGCACGACUGAAACCGGUAGCCCACGCUGCAGGCCCAUCUUCAGCGUGUUGGCGGACAGUGAUGAGGAGUCCUCCAGCGCUGGUUCCUCUGAUGAGGAAGAGCUGCUUGUCUCUGAGCCUCAGGCUCCAGUGGGGGAGAAAGGAUCCACACCAGCUCCUGAUGGGACAGGGGGAGGAAAGACUGGACGGAAGAUUUUGAGAUUUGUGGACAAAAUCGCUAAAUCCAAGUACUUCCAGAAGGCGACAGAGAACGAGUUCAUUAAGAAGAAGUUUGAGGAGAUGUCCAACACGCCCCUGCUGCUCACUGUGGAGGUUCAAGAGCUGUCAGGGACUCUGGUCGUCAACAUCCCGCCGCCUCCUACUGACAGGAUAUGGUACAGCUUCUGCGUGCCCCCCAAGCUGGAUCUGCAUGUCCGUCCCAAACUAGGAGAGAGGGAGGUGACUUUCUGUCAUGUCACCGAGUGGAUUGAAAAGAAACUACAGGACGAGUUUCAGAAAGUGUUUGUCAUGCCAAAUAUGGAUGAUAUCUACUUACCCAUGAUGCACUCGGGGGUUGACAGCACUCAAGCCUCCCAGCACAUGGCCACUCAGUCCCAACGGUCCCGACGCUCCUCCACAGAGUCCAUAGAGAGGAUCCCACCUGAGAUCUCUGGGGCGGAGUCUGACUAG